UUGAUUUUAAAUUUGGCAAACCAUUUAAAUAAAUCAAAUGAAUUAAUAUAUACAGAGAAAUGCUUUACACAUAUCAAUAUUAAUCAGUGUCAUUUUGUCCUAGGCAUAUGUAUAGCUGAAACAAAGUAUAUAAAUAAUGUAAACCAGCGUAUUUUAUUGAAUAGACCAAUUCUAAUGAAACGUCGAGAUAAAUUAAUUCAUCCUUAUAAUCGAACAUCAUCAUUUUCAUGGGAAUUUUAUAAUGAUUUAUUACCAGUCGAUUGUGAAAUUGGACAUGGACAAAUUUUAACCGGUUUACUUAAUUUGAAUACAUCGAUUAACCAUGUUAAUUUAACUUACAGUGUAAAAUUAAGCACAAUGAUAAAGCAUAACGUAAAAUUGUUAUUCAACGUAUAUCAUCUUACAUCUAAUGGAGAUUUAUGGCUAAUUGAUCAGCUAUCGUCAAUAUUGUCCAGGGUUGAACUAAAUCAGCCAUGGAGGCCAAUCAGAUUGCUUGAAACUGGAUAUAACUUAAGUACAGAAUUACAACAAGCAUUUAGAAAUGAAAAUACUAUAAAUUCAUCGUCUUCGUCAUUAAUAUUAUCUCAAACUCGCUUUAAUAUUUCAGCCAGUUAUCGCUAUUCAUGCACAUUAAACUACUAUGGAGAACACUGUAAUCAUUACUGUAAGCCACGUGACUCAAAAUUAGGUCACUACCAAUGUCAUCCACAAACUGGUGAGUUAAUAUGUAAUUCUGGAUGGACAGGGGCAAGGUGUAAUCAAGCCCUUUGUCGAAAAGGUUGUAAACAUGGGACUUGUGUUGGACCGGAAUUGUGUCGUUGUAUUGAUGGAUGGAAAGGUUUGAAUUGUGAUCAGUGUAUUACAACACCGGGUUGCUUGAAUGGACAUUGCCAAUUUAAUUCGAAACACACUAGUUACUUACCAUUCACGUGUGAAUGUGAACCUGGUUGGACAGGGAUGCUGUGCAAUAUCAAUAUGCGCGUAUGUGAUAGUAAUGAGCAUGUAAAUAUCUGUCAGAACCACGGUAUUUGUAUUAAUCAACCUGACCCGAAUGGAUUAAAAGUAUUAUACAGAUGUGAAUGUUUGCCAGGAUUUUAUGGAACACAUUGUGAAAAACAAAUAAACAAUUGUAGAUUUCAUGGAUGCAAUAACAGAGGAGAAUGUAAAAAAGAAGGCAAUUGUAUAUGUGAUCCAAGCUAUUAUGGUUCAUUUUGUCAAUUCAAUCAAACAACUUGCAGUCAAGAUCCAUGUUUAGGAAACCUAUCCAAAUGUUAUAUAACACCAAAUGAAACAAGAAUAAUUAACAAUGAGCGAUCAAAUCAAAUUGUAAAACAGUUCAAAUGUCAGUGUGAACAAGGAAAAUUUGGUGAAAAUUGUGAAUAUGAUUUGGAUGAGUGUUUAUUGGAACCAUGCCUUAAUGGUGGUCAAUGUGUUGAUUUGAUAACAGGUUAUCAAUGUAUAUGUCCACCUCGUUUCACUGGUCCACAAUGUCAAUUUACAUUAAAAGCAUGUCAAAAUAAUUCAUGCUCUAAUGGUGGAGAAUGUUUAGAUGAAUCAAUCAGUUUUCAAUGUCAUUGUUUAAAAGGAUGGAAAGGUAGAACAUGUCGAGAGAAUAUUAAUGAAUGCUCUGAAAUACCAAAACAAACUGGUCGUUCAUUAUGUCAAAAUAAUGCUGGUUGCCGUGAUCUCUUAGGAUCAUAUAAAUGUUUAUGUUCACCUGGAUGGGAAGGAAAACAUUGUGAAUUAAGUAAAUUAAAUAAAACACAAAAUCAUUAUAAUUAUCAAUAUCAUCAUUCUACAGAUGAUUGUCAACAUGAUAAAAAUGUAAAUAAUUCACUUAGUGAAAAUCGAUUAAAUCAUCACUAUAAUGAAUUUUUAAUAUUAUUUAUUAUAUUAACAAUAGCUUUCCUUCUAGUAAUCCUUUCAUUUACUGGAGGAAUUUUAUUCUUUUGUACAAAUUAUAAACAUAAAAAAAUUAAUAAAUCUAAUAAUAUUUCUACUUAUCAAAUGAUUAAUACAAAUUUAUCAAAAACAAUUAAUCAAUCAAAUCUUAUUAAAACAAUAAAAUCUAAUCACCAUAGUAUAUUAUCUAAUCAACAAUUUAUUUAUCCAAUACAACAUAAAAAACAAAUUACAAAUGUAAUUAAACCAAUACAAAAUUGGCCUUGUCUUCUUUAUGUAAAUAAAUCAUUUUCAGAUCAAAUUUUUAUGAAUAUUGAUAAGAAUUCCCCUGAAAUUUAUCAAAAUCAAACAAAUUUAUCUUUUAUUAAAACAUCACAAUAUGAUGUCAAUAAAAACUUACAUUUAAAUAAAAAUACUAAAUUGAAUUCAUUUUUCAAAUCGAAUCAUAUUGAUAAAGAUUGUUUAAAAAAACAAUUAAGUUUAAUAUUAAAAAAUUAUCCAGAUAAACAAAAUUUUAAUUAUAACAAUAAUCAAUAUCAUAUUGAUAAUUAUGAUAUAUAUAACCAUGACAAUUUGAAUCAUUCAUUACCAUUAUCAGUAUCAUCAUCAUCAUCAUUUAAUAAUGGAUCAGAUACACCACCUCCAACAUAUGAAAUCUCAAUUGGUUUAAAUACAGUAGUGAAUAAGUGGGAGUGAGAGAGGGGGAAAAAAGGUAUAAAUAUGAAAAAGUAAAAUAACAUUUACUAUACAUGAGUAAUAUUAUUUGUCGACUAGAUUUAAUAUCUAAAUCAAUUGUCUGUUAUAACACAUCUAAAUAUAUACUAAUGCAUUUCUGAAACAGGUUUAUUUUUAACUUGAGUUACAAAAAAUAUAUAAGAUUUGUUUGGGGGAUAGUUUUAACAUUAAAUGUAAAUGAUAACGCUGUUGUUUCAUUGAAAUUACAUAGAAGAAAACUACUUUGAAUUACUUCAACUGAUUCUAUGAUAUUUUGGUUAAUGAUGUAAAGAAGAAGAAAAAGAAAAAAAAGACCACCAUUUUGUUUCUCUUAGAAGUUGUAAUAAACCAUUUCUAUUGUAUACACUGAGUUGAAUUUUCUUCUAAAGUUUGAGAGUUUAUGUUUUGAAACUACAAGAUGUGUUAUGAUGUGAGAACCAUUAAUUUGAACAUUAGAUCGUAAGUGAUUUUGCAGCUAAAUGAUAUUCAUAACUCUGAAAUAGUUUGUAUGAUUUAUAGUUAUGUACAUCAAUAGAAUGGCAUUUUUAAAUUAUUAUAGAAGAUUGUU